UUUUAGUUAUCAGCCCAGGGAAGAACUGAGACAGAGCAAGAAAGAGAAGGCAUCCACCAAACAGAAAUGGCAUCUUUAGGACUGCAGAUUCUGGGCGUUGGGCUGGCAGUGAUUGGAUGGAUUGGCAACAUACUGAUUUGUAUGCUGCCACUGUGGAAGGUGUCUGCCUUCAUUGGGAAUAACAUUGUGGUAGCUCAGACUAUCUGGGAGGGACUUUGGAUGACCUGUGUGGUGCAGAGCACCGGCCAGAUGCAGUGCAAAGUCUAUGACUCCUUGCUGGCCCUGCCUCCAGACCUCCAGGCGGCUCGGGCUAUGGUGGUCAUCGCCAUCCUGUUCUCUCUGUUCGGCCUGCUGCUCUCUGUGGUCGGAGGAAAAUGUACCACCUGCGUUGGGGACAAGGCAGCAAAAGCCAGAGUGGCCAUCUCCGCAGGUGUUUUCUUCAUCCUGAGUGGGUCUCUGUGUCUGGUGACCGUGUCUCUGCCUGCUAAUACUAUAAUAAAGGACUUCUACAACCCCAUUGUUCCUGACUCCCAGAGAAGGGAGCUGGGUGCGUGUUUGUACAUGGGCUGGGGAGCAUCAGGACUGCUGCUGAUCGGUGGUGCUCUUCUCUGCUGUCAGUGCCCGUCAGGAGGAGACCGCUAUAAUGGGGCAAAGUACUCCGGACCUAAAUCCCCAACGCCCGGGAAGGAAUUUGUCUGAAUGGCUGCAUUACAGUACAUAAGAGGCAGCACCAUUUAAACAGUACAGGACUUUGCAUACAGAACAAAAUCUGUUGGUUAUAAAGUUGGGAUUUUUCUUGUGACUAACUUUUUUUUACUUACACACUUGCCUUUUGUUUCUGAAACAUACAAGAGGUUUAGGUAUGUGCCAUGUUACAAUAAUAAUAAUAAUAAUGUGAUUUAGAAUUGAAGCUUAAUUAAUUUCCUUCUACUGUUCAUUCUUUUGAAUUGUAAUUUUAAUAUUAAUUAAUUCAUGUUGUCCUGUUUUCAUUUAUAUUUUUUUCCAACAAAAGCUCUUCAGAAAGAAGACUUGUGAUUUUUUGUUGUUUUGUCUUUGAUUCAGACAAUAAAAGUACGUUUUGUCAA